AUAAAAUCUACCGAAGAAGAAGAAGAAGAACUGUUGUGUUUAUGUUGUAGUUUGAUGAAUUUUGUGUAUUGUGAUCCGUUCAAACUCCGAAUGGAACAACUUCUCAAGCAUGUUGGUUAAGGUGAAACUUGGGGAUGGCCAAAAAUUUGUUAAAAUAUACGAGCUGAGCCUGAAGGAAUUUUUGUCUGCUGCUUUUUUAAAGUUUGGUGUCCCAACUGUACCCAAGAAUGUGAAGGUUGUUGAUGAAUCGGGGACUGAGGUGGAUGAGGAUGUUUUUGAGGAAGUAGUUAAAGAUCCCUCAGUUGGUGUUCUCACCAUAAAAUAUGCAGACUUAGAAUCUGCCUCUCCACAAGCCUCUCCUGUGCAGUUAAAUGUGUCCCUGUCUUCAUCGAUUGACUCCACUGAGGAUACUGCAAUUAUUGAAGAAAGCCCUUCAAGUAAAAGAAUUAGACUAGAUGAUGAAGCUAAAAAGUUGGUGGAAUCCAUUCUUGUCCAUAAACCUGGUGGGGAGCAUAUAAUAAAUGAAUACAACCGAUUUAAAACUUUGGGAGAUGAAACGAGGAGGAAAAUGGUGAAUAUCCUGGCAGCUGACAUGACAGAAAAGAAUGGUACAUCACCAUCAAGGCAGGUUAAAGAAAAAUAUGCCAGAGGAAUUGUGUCUUUGUUCCCUUACCUCAGUGACCCCUUGUCCAAAAAAGGCUACGAACAUUACUAUGAUGGUGAGAGUGGCACUGGGUACUUGGCAUGGAGAAUCAAAACUAUACAAAGAGGCCGGGCUAAAGAACGAAGAGCAUCAUUUGAUGGACAAGGAUUGUCUGCUGAGGGGAUGUCUGUUGGACCAACUGUAAAACAGGAGGAAGAGUUUACUCCGGAGACUGUCUUGAGUGAGGAUGAGUGCAAGGAUGCAAUUGCAUUCAUGAACCAUUCUGCUGAUGUUCUCACCAUAAAACUUGAUGCAGACAUGGAAUCUGCCUCUUCACAAGCCUCUCCUGUGCAGUUAAAUGUGUACAUGUCUUCAUCGAUUGACUCCACUGAGGAUACUGCAAUUAUUGAAGAAAGCUCUUCAAGUAAAAGAAUUAGACUAGAUGAUGAAGCUAAAAAGUUGGUGGAAUCCAUUCUUCUCCAUAAACCUGGUGGGGAGCAUAUAAUAAAUGAAUACAACCGUUUUAAGACUUUGGGAGAUGAAACGAGGAGGAAAAUGGUGAAGAUCCUGGCAGCUGACAUGACAGAAAAGAAUGGUACAUCACCAUCAAGGCAGGUUAAAGAAAAAUAUGCCAGAGGAAUUGUGUCUUUGUUCCCUUACCUCAGUGACCCCUUGUCCAAAAAAGGCUACGAGCAUUACUAUGAUGGUGAGAAUGGCACUGGGUACUUGGCAUGGAGAAUCAAAACUAUACAAAGAGGCCGGGCUAAAGAACGAAGAGCAUCAUUUGAUGGACAAGGAUUGUUUGCUGAGGGGAUGUCUGGUGGACCAACUGUAAAACAGGAGGAAGAGUUUACUCCGGAGACUAUCUUGAGUGAGGAUGAGUGCAAGGAAGCAAUUGCAUUCAGGAACCAUUCUGCUGAUGUUCUCACCAUAAAACAUGGUGCAGACAUGGAAUCUCCCUCUCCACAAGCCUCUCCUGUGCAGUUAAAUGUGUCCCUGUAUUCAUCGAUUGACUCCACUGACUCACAGGAUACAGUUAUUAUUGAAGAAAGCUCUUCAAGUAAAAGAAUUAGACUAGAUGAUGAAGCUAAAAAGUUGGUGGAAUCCAUUCUUGUCCAUAAACCUGGUGGGGAGCAUAUAAUAAAUGAAUACAACCGAUUUAAGACUUUGGGAGAUGAAAUGAGGAGGAAAAUGGUGAAGAUCCUGGCAGCUGACAUGACAGAAAAGAAUGGUACAUCACCAUCAAGGCAGGUUAAAGAAAAAUAUGCCAGAGGAAUUGUGUCUUUGUUCCCUUACCUCAGUGACCCCUUGUCCAAAAAAGGCUACGAGCAUUUCUAUGAUAGUGAGAAUGGCACUGGGUACUUGGCAUGGAGAAUCAAAACUAUACAAAGAGGCCGGGCUAAAGAACGAAGAGCAUCAUUUGAUGGACAAAGAUUGCCUGCUGAGGGGAUGUCUGGUGGACCAACUGCAAGACGGGAGGCAGAGUUUACUCCGGAGACUGUCUUGAGUGAGGAUGAGUGCAAGGAAGCAAUUGCAUUCAUGAACCAUUCUGCUAAUGAGGACGCAGUCAAGAAGAAUAUGAAAUUGACAUUUGACUAUCGCCGUGACAUGGUUCUUGACCCUAUGCUGUCAAGUGAUGUAUUGACAGUCUUUCCACGUUUCAAAGACGUUAAAGGCUUGAUUGAGCAAGACUUUGUUCUGAUGUUUGGAGAAGGAAUGUCAGGCAAGCUACUGGAGAAGUGGACUACUGCAUUCAAGAAAAAAGUAAUUCAGCAGUGCAAAAAGCUUCCAACCACCAGUUAUGUCGGAGAACUCCUGCUAGCAGCUGAAUCUCCGUCUGAUGACUCAGAAGAUUGUGUUAAUUUUGUUUGGGACUCCGACCUCUCUUCUAUAAUACUGCUGCUGCAUCUGAUCCCACCUCCUGCCCAAGGCCGAAAGAGACCAGGAAAGGUGUCUGCUUCUCAAGCAGAGAAACAUCUUGUUGUCUUCAAGAAGAGUGGAACAAACAUUGAGGAGCAUCUUCGAAACAUCACUGCUAGUGCUCAGCCCUAUCUCCUGGCUGUGGGACCUCAGAAGAAAUCAGUUCACCAGUACUUUAUCAUCCUCGAUCAGCAUGCCAUUCCAUGCAAGUCAACCUCUUCUCUUGGUGCCUUUGAUGAACUGUUUAAGGCACACUUUGUUUUUGGUACCUCCUACAACACCAUGCUACACAACAUGUACACUUUCAUUCAGACCACUGUGUACAACAUAGAUGUUGGCAAAGUGAAAGAGAGUCCUCGUGUUGCUGAAAUCAGAGCAAGGCUGCUUAGCUAGGUCCUUUAAGUUGUUCUGCCCCCAUGAAGUGUUUUGUUUGUCAAGCUGAUUCAAAUGGUUCAAAAGAGCUUCUUAUGCACCUCAGAUUAGUUCAUGGGUUUUGUUCCUGGGAAGAAUCUUCACCUUAAAUGCAUAGAAGCAGAUUGUGGUUCUGUGUUCGGUACUUUUUCAGGUUUUAGGAAACAUCUGCACACAAAACAUGCUGAGCAAAGUGACGGUGAGCAAAAUAUUGACACCACUGAUAGCCAUGAGACUGCCAAGGCAGAUAGACAAAGUAGUUUUGGAGUAUUUGAUCAGAUUGGCAGUGCUGGUGGCCACAACAU